AUGACGGAUCCGUACUAUUGUCUACGUUGUUCUUCGAUUGCCAUUGGGGUGUACAACUUGGUAGGUGUAAUGGCAAUUUUUUACAAUUUCCAUUAAAUUUUUGACCGAGCUAUUAGCAACUCAAGAUUCUAUUAGGUCAGAACUUAUGAGUGUGAGUUUUCUAACGUUGAAGUCGCACGCAUUCAAAAGUUGCCAUUUUAAUAGUACUACUGGUACUCCCAAAACCCCUAAAGCUAUAAAACACAUGUAAAUAAAGUCCUUUUCAGCUGUACUGUCUAAUACAAUUUGGCAUACUGGGUUGGCAAACUCACGUUGUAAAGACGUUUCAAUGGGAAUAUGAAAACCGACAGUUACCGCCGACACAUGCGUAUGUUAACAUUACAUCUUAUAGUGAAUUUGCUUUUUAGGAUCGACGGAUUCCAAGCCAGGUUUCCUGGCCUUUACGCAAUUUACACGGAAACUCCAGAGCGACGCAAAAUUAACGGUAACAUUUUGAGGUUUUAAUGAUUCAAAAAGAAUGGCACGGUUUGAAAUCAUAAAAACAUAUAAUCCUAUGUUGGUAAACCAUCUCAAAAACUUUCAUGAACAACUUAAUAACCGCUAAUUUUCAGCAUUGUUUGUGAUAGUGCUAUUGUGUAUUGGCUGCAACUUGCUACAUCUCUUCACUACGGUGUCUAUGCUUUAUGGUGUUAUCAAAGUUAGUUUAAGUUUUGCAUUUUUUGCCAAAAAAGUCCACUCAAUCCUCUCCUAUUUUUAUAUUAUAUCUUAUCCCUACUAAUAUUACUCUACUUUCAGCGAAACCACUCGUUCAUUUGUAUCUGGUUCUUCACCGGUGCCCCUCUAAUCAUAUUAACCACCGCUUAUGCCAUCCUCUGGUGGAGUGGCGACAUCUUCAACGAACAGUUGACCGCCUCUGUCGCGGAAUUCGUCUUUUCUUUAGCCAUAAAUGGACCAUGUUAUAUUGUAGUACUAAUGUACUACUUGAGAAUCACUGGUUCUUUGACUUCGGACAAGAUCGGCAGAGGUCAACAGAAGAGGGACAAAGAUCUACCUAAAGAUGUGCCUUCGUUCUACCCCAAAAUGCCUAAGGAUCCGCCUUAUGAGAUGAAGCGGAAGCUGCGGAGGAGGGAAUCCAGAAGUCCGUUGAGGCCACAAUCCGAACCUAGAGGAAGGUAUGGUGGUGGUACUGGACAGUCAAAUCAGUAUAUGCACGAUCAGUACCAAAGAGGGAGGAAUCAGUAUCCAGCUGGGCAGUUCCAGUAUCAACAGGGUCUUCAAAACUAUAUAAACAAUCAACAAACCCGCCCUCCAUAUCAAUAUCCAAACAAAGAUUACCCUGCCCAAAGUGUACCAUUAGGUCUACCUCAACCAGACCCUUACCCUCGACCUCAACAUAGAACCAUAGAACAACAACAAUAUCCUAAUCAAAGUCAACUACAAUAUCCAAAUCAAUCAAAAAACCUACAACAAUAUCAACAAAAGUACCAACAAAACCUUCCAAAGUAUCGUGAAGAAAGUGCAAGUCAGCUUAUCGACCGGUCGAGUCGAAGGAAGAGUUCGCGACAAAGCAGAAGAUCGACCGGUCGGUCUCGUGCCACUUCUGCUGGGCCAUCUUUCACUCCAAAUUUUAAACGAAAAAGCCCUCAACGAGUGUCAUUCAACAAUCGCCCGAGGGUCUAUCAACGAACGCCUUCUGAUUCUUUGUCCAAUGGGCCCAAGUUGGAGAUACAGACUGUGAUCUAA